GCUCCCAUCACAUUUCGAAAACCUUCCUCUUUUGACGAGACUUCUGACAAGAAGAGCUAAAGAGGAUGAACAUGCACACGACGGCGGUGCUCGUGGCGCUCACAGCAGUACUAUCGGGAGGAGCGGAGGCAUGGUUCACGGCGGGGGGUGUGAGUAGCAGAGCGCCGAGACCUAGCUCUUGGAGCACCUCGGGGGAGGGCAGGACGACCACGGCACGGCAUCGACGUGGCGGCGUCGGCAUGAUGAGCUCUACCGUGCCACCCCAGCUUCCUGACAUGAACCAGAACUUAUCCGGGGAGGACUUUGACAACUGGUUCUGGGGGGACGCACAUGUCAAGGGCGGUGUGGAACACGCCGUCUUCGAGGGAGCAAAGAGUGCAGUCGUUCUAUUUGACGGGGAGUGCAACUUCUGCAACUCGGGCGUGUGGAUGAUGAUCUCCAACUCGGAGGCGAGGAAUCUCCGCUUCUGCGCACAAAAUAGCGAGAUGGGUGUCUCCUUGCUGCACUCGUUCGGGCAAGACCAGGAGCGCUUGAGCAGUAUCGCCAUCCUCGACAAGGAUGGCCACCUCUACACGCGCUCCUGCGCCCUGGUCCACAUCAUGGCCCGGAUGGACUUCCCCUUUCCGGUGGGGGCCGCGCUCCUCAAAGCCGUCCCGGAACCCCUGCGGGACGCCGUCUACGGCUUCGUGAGCCGGAGAAGGCACAUGUUCGGGACGGAGAGCCUGUCCUGCCGCAUCCCGGAGGAGAGCGAGGUGGAACGGUUCGUGCUGUGAUACGGAGCGGUUCGUGCUUUGAUCUGGAACGCGGGUCGUGCAUGAUGUGGAACGGUUCGUCCCGUGAUCUGAGUCGUCGAAGUUAUCUUUUCGGUUGGUUUUGCCUGAGAGACCAGUCGACGCAAACGCGCACGAAUGGUCUUUGCGGGUGGGAGUGUGGCGAUGGUUCUCGGGGAUGGGGGGAGGGAUUUUCGGAUCAGUCAAAUGCGUUGGUUGGGUUGCAGGAAGUGGUACCAAUGUCACGAGGCAGAUUGGCUUGGUCGUGGUGGAGGGCAUGUUUGAGUGUGAGUGGAGAGUGGUGGUGAGUUGUGGAUUGUGACGUUCAGGAUGGGAAGGAAAAAAGAGAGCCCCGCUCUCUUCAUGCGCUGCUUAGAUUGUCGAGGGAGGUUUUACGGCGGUCGCUGCUCAUGCGUGGCUUUGUUGGUGGAAGAAAAGCUGUGUCGUCGGGUCGUCAGGCGUGUCGGGGGUGCGUGGCGAGGCGAGGUGGGGGGAAUGGUCGACUCGGUGGUGAAAUUCACUCAAAACGCAGUUAAAACCGAAAAGCUUGGCCCAAUGCUUGCGAUUCGGAGGUCGAGUACGCAAGUCGUGGUCGGGUCACGGAACCCGAGGGUAUGCAUCUAGUGUGACCAGUUGGGUACGUCGGGGGAGGGGGGCGUCGAGAAACACAGAGGCCUUUCCGGGUCGAAGCAUAGACGUGUUGGCGUGGGUUGUGUGGACGAGAGGAUGUCCAAGGGGUAUCUUGGGCCACAGCGAGCGAUAAAAGAGUAGAACAGGCUACCUUUGGACUGUACCACGACGCGGCGGAGAUGGGGUGUGGGGGGGUGAGGGGGUGAGGAGCGAAGGCGCCUACUUCUAGACCCGUAGAUGUGGUGUUUCAACUUCAAGUGUAUACACCUUCGCGAGUCCACGCAGCUGAGACAUCCGUAGCGGAGUCCCGGAGUUGGACGUUUUUGCCAUUUUGUUCAUGUAUGUGCUCAGGCUUCAUCGCUGCCAGCCGCUUGUGUGUCAUACGCGUACGCCGCCGUCGUAGCGUGCUGGUGAGCUCUCGCAGUAUAUUUGUGCGGUGGAUUCUCCACACCAUCGUCGCUACUGCUGUCUUGCAGUAGUUUUGUUGGGGUUUGGGACGUGCCAUAUCUCUUUUCUUUUUUUGGACUGUCACCAGCUGCGGACCUCCAAUGGUGGCGACCACGCUGGUAUGGGGGAGUUCGGGCAGGGCCGGGAACGUGUCAAUGUAUUGUUUGGUUGUGCUUUUUAUGUGUUCGUGGAUAAUGGUGUUGUGUGCGUGUUGACUGGAGAUUGGUGUUGCUCGCGGCCCAGGUAUUUAUAUUUCAUACACCCGAGUCAUCCGCAGGAGAAAAUUUUGUUCGGAGUCGAUUUGACGGAGGGGGAAGGGGGCAGGUGCAUGACCGAGCGGGUUUGUAGGUGGACUGCUAAUGGUGUCCGAGUUGACUAACAGUUGGAAGAGCUUGGAUUUGUGCUUCACAGAGCCUAAAGAAUUUGAAGCGAACGAAGCGAACGAAGAAAGCUGGCUUGAGUUUGUGGGUGUCCUAAGCAAGAUUUGUAGCGACGUACAGGCGGCCGCACCCUUCCCUCGUUGUUGCUCAUCGUGCGGGCAAUUUGCUCACAGCAAGCGUAGGGCGUUCGUAGCUCUCUGUUGCCUGUUGCGCUCUAGCCCCAAAGCCACGUUGGCGAGCAGCAGAAGCAGCAGCGAACAGUGCCUCUGACGAAGCGCCCGUCGCCCGGCCUGAUUGAAGGACACAUAUAUCGCCGGGAAAAUAAAUUAGUGCUGUAGUACUUGUCCUGCUCCAAAACUCGCCAGCACUCAAGAAACCUUAUUUCGAAC